AUGUUCCAGGUCGGGCGCAUACCGGCGGACCACCCGUUAGUGGGCGGGCACAAAGGCCCCGUGCUAGACAUCGCGUGGUGCCCGCACAACGACAAUGUCAUCGCCAGCGGCUCUGAAGACUGCGUUGUUAAGGUGUGGCAAAUCCCAGACGGCGGUCUGUCCCGUACGCUGACGGAGCCGGUGGUGGACCUGGUGUUCCACCAGCGCCGCGUGGGGCUCGUGCUGUGGCACCCCACUGCGCAGAACGUGCUCCUCACCGCGGGAUCUGAUAACCAGAUAGCGAUAUGGAACGUUGGUACGGGCGAGGUUCUCCUGACGCUGGACUGCCACCCAGACCUCAUCUACUCCGCCUGCUGGAACUGGACGGGAUCGAAGCUACUCACCACAUGUCGCGACAAGAAAAUCAGGAUCAUCGACCCCCGUAAGGGCGAGGUGGAGUCUGAGGCGAUAGCUCACGAAGGCAGCAAGGCAUCGCGCGCCAUCUUCCUCAAACAUGGACUCGUCUUCACUACUGGGUUCAGUCGCAUGUCUGAGCGUCAGUACUCGCUGCGCACGCCGGACGCGCUGGGCGAGCCCAUCGUGACGGUGGAGAUAGACACCUCCAACGGGGUCAUGUUCCCUCUCUACGACCCCGACACCAACCUCAUCUACCUCUGCGGGAAGGGAGACUCCGUUAUACGCUACUUUGAGGUUACGCCAGAGCCGCCAUUCGUCCAUUACAUCAACACGUUCCAGACUCCAGACCCACAGAGAGGUAUUGGUAUGAUGCCGAAGCGAGGUUGCGACGUGGCGACCUGUGAGAUCGCCAAGUUCUACAGGCUGAACAAUUCUGGACUCUGUCAGGUGGUAUCAAUGACAGUGCCGCGUAAGUCGGAGUUGUUCCAAGAGGACCUGUACCCCGACACUCUGAGUGACGAGGCGAGCCUCACUGCCGACGAGUGGCUCGCCGGGGAGGACGCAGAGCCCUGCACCAUGUCACUCAAGGGAGGAUACGUGGCCGGGCGCUCCGCCCCCCAGCUCACCGUCACCAAGAAGGCCAACGCCCUCGCCGGGGCCAAGGAAAGGGAUAAGGACAAGGACCGCUCCCCCACUCCCGCGCAAAAGAGGGACGAUUCUCACGCUGGUACUCCUGCCUCUGCGACUCCACCGCCCGCCAUCAAUGCUGCUGUGGAGAAGCAACUAUCAGAUCUUGUCGACGAGAUUCGCAAGCUGAAGUCGGUGAUUGUGAAGCAAGAGAACAGGAUCCGAGCCCUAGAGGCCACAGUGAAGGCGGCGCCUCCGCCCCCGGCCGCCGCCCCCUCGCCGCAGCCCCCCGCCGCCACAGAGUCACACAACCACGAGGACGACGCCAUGGCACCCGACGAGGUCUGAGCACGUACCCCAUCCUUACUUACCUUGUGUUCUUUAAUCUGGUAGACCAAGGAACUGCGUACUUUACUCAAAAACCAUUAAGACGUCAACUGCUGGACAUAGGCAUACUCCAAUAACUUCCAGUUGGGUUACAUCCAGCUGGACUUUCUGCGACCUUAAAUGUAUGAUCAACAAGGUCGAAUUUUAUAUGCCAUUGAAUGGUUAUUACGGUCUAUUUUCGAAUGUAUUAAUUUCUAUAUGGGAACGUUAAUAUGAUCUUUUUAUACCUUUUCUACACUUUUUUCUUCCAUAAAAACUGCUAGAUUAAAAACACAAAGUUGAGACUAGUCGAUAUGAAUUUUAAAUAUGUUGCCACACAGAUUAUUAUCUGCUUUCUGAGCUCAGUCAAACAGUUUAGAAUUUAUAUCGGUUAAACAAAUCCAAUAAUGAAAAGUCACUACAUUUUUUUUAAACUUGACAAUAACUAUAUUAUAAAUUAGGAGCUGUAAUGGUAAGGGUAUGUUAAAAAUGUUGUGAAUUUUCAUUAUUUAAAAUGAAAGGUACACUGGCGUGCUGAAAUACUGCACCGGUCAUUUUGAUCAAUUAUAUCUGACAUUUGAGGUGUGAUUCGAAGACUUUACAUUUGGAACAUGUUCUGCCUUGAAACAAAAGAAGUCUUUUCUUUAGUCUACGUCAGGUUUUGUAUUUCAAAUUGAAUGUAGGUGAGAAUAAGAUUCAAAAUACAAAACCUGACUUCUGUCUAAACCUAGACUAAAUGUAAUAAGGAUGGUUA